GGGUCCGUCGUCAGAACUCAUGCGCAGCACUUGUACCACAAUGCGUUUGAGCAUAGUGUUUUUGACUUUGUUAGCCCUUGCGGCAGCAAUACCCACAUUACCAUCACCCCAUGCUGCCGAUCAGGACCUUCUGAGCAAGCAGCAAAAUGUUAUUCACCUGCUCGAAAACAUUGCCGAGGAAGUGCCUUACCAUCACCUCUACGAAAUUGGUUCGUCCUACAAUUUCCAAGAAAACUUGCACAAUUACGAAAAUCCGUCGGUGGUCAUGUACUACGUUCAACUCGUAAAGAGCGGACAUGUGCAACCGAAGGGGACGCCGUUUUCCUUCUCGGUCAGCACCCUGCGCAAGGAAUUUGCUCUCCUCACGCAAGUCCUCGUUGGUGCCAAGGACUACCAGACUUUCCUCUCAACCGCUGCCUGGGCCCGUGUCCACGUUAACCAAGAACAAUUCUGGAAGGCGUUCGUUACAGCUAUUUAUCAGCGUCACGACAUGUACGGCAUCAUCAUACCCGCACCGUACGAAAUCUUUCCCAACUACUUCUUCGACACGAGAAUCAUCCAGAAGGUGUACAACCACGUAUCUCAGCACAGUUUCGAGAGCCAAGAUCAAGGCGAACAGGGACACGGCGUACACCACAUUUACGUUAAUUACACAUCUUCCUUACCUUACGGCGAGAACGAAAUCGCCUACUUCACCGAGGAUAUUGGCUUGAAUGCCUAUUACGGUUUAGUCGAGUUGGCUUCCUACAUCUUACCUCAUGGAUCGCACAAUGCUCAGAAGUUCGGAGGACACGCUGGUUUCCAGCAAGGAAGCGACGAAAGCCAAUACAGUACCAACGGCCAUGGCUCCCACUACUAUUAUGUUCAUCAACAGCUGCUCGCUCGAUACAAUCUUGAACGUCUCGGACAAGGUCUCGGUCCCAUUCCCGAAUUGGACUCUUAUUACGAACACAUCGAAACCCCAUUCAACAGCCAUCUUCGUUACUUAAACGGCAUGGACUUCCCAGCCCGUAACGAGCACAUCUACGUCACGCCCAAGCACCACAACUACGAGCUACUGAGGCUCGUACGCCAAUUGGAGAAGCGAAUUGUCGAGGCUAUCGAUCUUGGCCACGUGAUGACACCUCAGGGCACAUUCCUCUCCCUUUACCAACCCCAGGGUCUCAACAUUCUCGGCGAGCUCAUCGAAGGAACUGGCCGUAGCGUCAACCCAAGAUACUACGGAUCCUUCCAAGCCAUAACCAAGAGUUUGCUCGGUAAUGUCCCGGGAUUCAACAACAUCUGGGAGUACAGUCCGUCCGCUCUUGAAUUUGGACUGACAGCCGUCCGCGAUCCGAUCUUCUACCAAUUGUUCUCCAAAGUCCUCGAGUUCUUCCAUUACUACCAGCAAGCCCUCCCCGCUUACCAAUACAACGACAUUGCUAUGCCGGGAGUCCACAUCGAGAAAGUCGAAGUUGGCGAUCUGAUAACGUACUUUAGCGACAGCGAGGUCGACCUUACCAACGCCGUGCCCCAUCCAAUUUCACACAACUACAAGCCCUCGGGCAGCGUUCGCGCACACCUCAAGAGGCUCGAUCACAAGCAAUACGAAUACACCAUUCACGUGCAGGCCCAGAACGCCGUUCCCAACUCGGUUGUUCGCGUCUUCGUAGGACCUAAAUACAACUACAACGGACAGCACAUCGACAUUAACGAGCACAGGCACUACUUCUUCGAACUCGAUCAGUUCGUUUAUGACCUUGUCGAGGGACACAACACUAUUGUGAGGAACUCGCAUCAAGCCACUGGACAGAGCUACGACUGGCCGUCGAUACACCAAAUCAAAGAACGUGUCGAAGGCGCCAUCCGAUCCCAAAAUCCGCACUAUGUAAUCGAGCCACAACAGCUGUUCUCAUUCCCCGCUAGAUUAAGCUUACCCAAGGGAUCGCAAAGCGGAUUCCCCCUACAGUUUGUCGUCAUUGUUUCAUCCGGAGUUCGGCAUCAUCCCGAGCAUUACGGACCCAUUGUUCAAGACGAAUUCAUGAACUACCAGUCACAGCAUUACCAAAUCGUUGAUUCCCAGGAAUACAGCCAAUUCAGCAGAUUUCCCGUCGACAGCGUCCACGGCGGAAGCCAAACCGUUGAAGUAAUUCCAGAAUUCGAGGGUCAAAUCAUAACCGAAGGCAACUGGCACUGGGGCUACCUCUACAAGAAAUACCCGGGAAGCUACGCCUAUCCGCACUGGCAGCAAACCUACUACAGCAUCCACGGUGACGAGCACACUGGAGUUCACCACGAGGGCGAAAGCCACGAGAAGCGUAUGUUCGUCCCUGAGUACUUCGGCUCGCAUGGCAUUGGCCACGGAGUCGGACACGGCAGCGGUGCCGAAAGCGUCGGCCACGGCGUCGGCGUGCACCCCGAGCAGCCGCAUCACGGACACAAGCAGAUGGUCGACUACACGGGCUACGGAUACGGCCAGCAGCAGAACAUUGAGGGACAGGGCGCGGAGCACGUACAAGGACACAAACCCGAGUACUACGGAAGCGCGCAUCACCCGAGCGCCAGCGGAUACUUCGGCAGCUACCAGACCGGCACGUACCAAGGCUACAGAGGACACGACGAGCACCUCCACCAUUACUACCAGAGCAAGCACAUUAGCGACAUCAUCGGUGGAUUCGUAUCCCUGGACGGCAGAGCCCUCGGCUACCCGUUCGACAGGCCGAUGGCGACCAGCGCCUUUUACGCCCGGAACUUCUACGUAAAAGACGUCGUCGUCUACCACAGCGACGACUUCAUCCCCUACGAGCACUAAUUCGUUGAGCACCGAGUGCUUCUAAUAUAUUUUCUUCUUCUAAUCGUUUUGAUAGAAAAAAAAAACAGAUCGCUCGGGAGACGAGUGACUCCGCUCUUGUUUUUGCGUUUUAAUUAAAUGUACAUGAAUGCGCCAUUUCGUUUGCCACGACAACGGAUUCUACGUUGACGAUGUAGAAGCAAAAUAAUAAUAAAACAAUUAAUAAUUUGAGCGUACAUCAUA